AUGUCGGCUACUCUGAAGGCGUCUAUCGCGCCAGUCCCAACGGCAAAUGACUUUCUGGACAUUGUCCUAUCUAAAACUCAGAGAAAGACUCCUACAGUUAUUCACCCUGGGUUCAAGAUCACCCGUAUCCGCUCAUUUUACAUGCGCAAAGUGAUGUUCACCAAGGAUGCCUUUACAGAAAAGCUUCAAGCGAUUUUGAACGAAUUUCCCGUUCUUGAGAAUCUGCAUCCCUUUACUUCUUCGCUUAUGAAUGUGUUGUACGAUAAGAACCACUAUAAACUUGCUCUGGGCCAGAUCAACACUGCGCGCCAUUUGAUCGAGCAGGUGGCUAAAGACUAUGUUCGUCUUAUCAAGUUUGGUGAUAGCUUGUUCCGCUGCAAGCAACUCAAGCGUGCUGCCCUAGGUCGUAUGGCCACCAUUAUGCGUCGCAAUAAGGAUCCAUUGGCGUAUCUGGAGCAGGUGCGCCAGCAUAUUUCUCGUUUGCCCGCCAUUGAUCCUAAUACUCGCACAUUGGUACUUUGCGGAUAUCCAAAUGUGGGUAAAUCAAGCUUUUUGAAUAAGGUGACUAGGGCUGAUGUGGAUGUUCAGCCGUAUGCGUUCACGACCAAGUCUUUGUUCGUGGGUCAUAUGGAUUACAGAUAUCUACGCUGGCAGGUUAUCGAUACACCUGGUAUUUUAGACCAUCCUCUGGAGGAGAUGAAUACCAUUGAGAUGCAAGCCAUCACGGCUUUGGCCCAUCUACGUUCGGCCGUCUUGUACUUUAUGGAUCUUUCGGAGCAGUGCGGCUAUACAGUGGAAGCCCAAGUGCAGCUGUUUAACAGUAUUAAACCUCUGUUUGCGAAUAAGCCCACUUUCCUUGUGAUCAAUAAGAUCGAUGUGGCCAAAUUGGAGGACUUGGAUGACGCUAAAGCCGACUUGGUCCGCAGCAUUAUUGAAGAGUCCGAUGGGAAGGUUCAAAUGGCAGAGAUCAGUACUUAUACGGACCAUGGAAUUAUGGAGCUGAAGCAGGAUGCCUGUGAGACUCUUCUUGCCACUCGUGUUGAGAAUAAGAUCCGUGGCCCUAAGGCAGACUCCAUCCUCAACCGCCUCCAUGUGGCACAGCCUCAAAAGCGUGAUGAUGUUGAACGCACGCCAUUUAUUCCUGAGGCGGUUCGCAGCGGUAGCCGUAAGAAGUACGACAAGAACGACCCUGAGCGUCGUAAACUGGAGCGCGACAUCCAGGAAGAGCAGGGUGGUGCUGGUGUUCACAACAUUGACUUGAAGAAGAACUACAUUUUGGCCAACGAGGAAUGGAAGUACGACACCAUUCCUGAGAUUUACGAGGGCAAAAAUGUGGCAGACUUUAUUGACCCUGAUAUUCUGGAUUCGCUAGAAAAGCUGGAACGUGAAGAGGAGAAGUUAGAGGCUGAAGGAUUCUACGAUGAAAGCGACGAAGAACUUGAUGAAGAGGAAGAAGAGCUUCGUGAUGUGGCCGAAGCUAUCAAGCAACGACAGGACAAAGCCAAGUUGCUGGCUCAGAACAAGAAGGGUCUACAAGGCCGUGCCCAAAUACCCCGAAAGCUUCAGCACCGUACACUCUCACAGCUCUCAGAAAAUAUGCGUGCUGCUGGUAUUGACCCUAGCAGUAUUGAGAUGCGUGCAGAGCUUCUAGCGAAAGCAAAGGGUUUGGUAGGCAAACGCAAGGCCUCUCGCGAUGACGAGGACGACGUUAGCAUGAGCGAUGCGGACAGCAACGAUAUGGACGACAGUAUGUCGGUGGAUGAGACUAUGGAAGAGCAAGCACCCGCUCGUAAAAAGGCUCGCGCUGCUGCUUCCAAGCAGGCGCCCACAUUGGUUCGUGGUAAGAGUUCCACUACGGCCACGACCAAUAAGUCUGGUGGUGCCAUCACUUCUCGUGCAGGUGCAGCUCGUAUUCCUGCGCGGAACCGUCAAUCGGAGGGUUUGCGUGGCAAAGAGCAAGAGCUGAAAGCGCGUAGCUUGCACGAAAUGAGUAUUCGUGACAGGAAUCGCGAAGCUCGGGCUGGUGAAUCCGACCGUCGCAUCCAAGAAACGAAGCCGAAGUGGCUAUUCGCGGGCAAGCGUAGCAAUGGCACUACUCGUAGUCGUUAG